AUGGCGGCUUGCCGAGGUAAUGGAGUGUUUGCUAGGCAAGAGCUCUUGAAGGGGCAGUUUAUUCUCGAGUACAGAGGAGAACUAUGUAAACAGCAGUCUGAUGGUGAUGAAAUGUUCAAAUACCAUUUCAGACAUAACAACAAGGAAUACUGCAUCGAUGCCUCAAAAGACACGUGUCUGGCAUGCAUGGUCAACGACUUGGACCGAUACACAAAGCCUAAUUGCAAAAUGGUUAACGUUGUUGAUGACAGACAUCAACCAAGACUCUGUCUGUAUGCAACUGAAAUGAUCAGCAAAGACACUGAAUUGAGGUACGAUUAUGGUGUUGCUGAUGUACCUUGGAGAAAGCGAAAGGACCCGUGUCCCUACCUCAAAGGUCACACUUAUGAUGCUGUUAAAGAUGGUCAUACAGCUGCAGAUACUACAGAGGUCACAGAAACAUCUGAAGAUGCCCUCGGUGAAUCAGCAGAAGUCUUCGAACAUGCUUAUCAUGAUGCUGUAGGGAACAGUGGGACAGUUGCCCCAUCCACAGUUGCCCCAUCCACAGUUGUCUCUGAACAUGCUGAAGGGCCGCCUCAAGAUGCUGUUAAAGAUGGUCAUACAGCUGCAGAUACUACAGAGGUCACAGAAACAUCUGAAGAUGCCCUCGGUGAAUCAGCAGAAGUCUUGGAACAUGCUUAUCAUGAUGCUGUAGAAAUCAGAGGGAUAGUUUACCAUCCACAGUUGUCUCUGAACAUGCUGAAGGGCCGCCUCAAGCAAUGUUCAAGAUUUGACCCAGGAGCAGCUACAGUAUUAUGGUUGAUCAGAGUGAGAGGCAUCUGCGGAAAAUAUUUGGAGGAUAUAUUCUCUGCGAGAGACAUAUUGCAUUCAAGCAGGAAGGAAGAAGCAAAAAUGCUGUUAAGACGAUUAUACAGUUGCAGAAACAACAGAGAUCUCAGAACCAUCUCAAGAUGCUCUUGGUGCAUCAACAGAAGAUCAGAAGUGGACCAUGCCUAUCUUGGUAAACUGCAGGCUUAAUUGAGCAUUUUAUCUGUAAAUAGGUACAUACUUUUUCCUGUUGCACCUAGACAUGCAUUGACUUUAGUACCUCAUGAUGUAUGCUAAAAGUGUGUAAUGAAUUGUGUGUGUCGAAGUUUAACCGCAGAUGUUUGUUCACCUUGAUUUAUUGUUGCC